AUGAAUUCCGAAGGGGCUGUGAACAUGGCAGAGACGGCGCCUGCUUCUGUACCUCCUACUGCUGGAGCCCCUCCAGUGGUGACAGAAAGUGCUGGAGAAGCUCCGGAGCUGCCAGCCCCUGGAGGACUGACAAGGGAAAUAUCAACUGAGGAGCAGCCAUCUCAUGAACAAUCGAACCAUGAACAACAGAUUGCCGAAGAGGACAACAAAACACCACCUCUGCCUAGCAGCCCUCUGAGCACCGAUGGCUGGGACGACCGGCGAUCUUUCGAGGAAGGUCUGUUGGAGACAUUCCACGCCAUCGAGUCGCCGGGGACGUUUGCUUCAUUCCAUCCGCUCAAGACUGCCAAUGGACCUCUCAACCCAGGGCUCCAUGUUGCCGAUGCUCGCAGCUUGAUCGAAAAGGCGCGGCAAGCCCCAUUCGGCAAGGGCAGCGAUACCGUCGUCGAUACGGCGGUGCGGAAUACGUGGGAGCUAGAUCCCACGCAGUUCGAGCUCCGCAGCCCCAAUUGGACCGGCGUCAUCAACACGUUGUGUAAAAGGGCAGCGCAGGACAUGGGUAUCAAUGCACCUAUGAUUGCAGAUUUGUACAAGCUCCUGAUUUACGAAAAGGGCGCCAUGUUCAAGGCGCAUGUCGACACCGAAAAGAUCCCCGGGAUGUUUGGCACCUUGGUCGUUUGCCUCCCGUCCCCUCGUGAAGGAGGCGAGGUCGUGGCCAAGCACUGCGGAGAGAUUAAGACGUUAGUGACAUCCAAAUAUAGGGAAGGGUCCGUUGCCGCAUGGUACUCUGAUGUCUCCCACGAGGUUCUACCCGUCACUUGGGGAUAUCGCGUUGUUCUCACGUAUAACCUCGCCCUUGACCCUUCGAGACAGUUGCCCUCUGCCGGCCUCCGGCGAGCCGAAACGCGGAAGCUGCGUCACUCGCUGAGGAAAUGGUUGAAAGGCGGCAUUCCCGGCCAGUCGGACGAAAAUGAGCUCUACUACCGGCUCGACCACGAGUAUACCGAGGCCAACCUCUCCAUAUCGGCUUUGAAAGGACGAGAUUACGAGGUGGUGCAAGUUCUCGACGACCUUUCCACAGAGCUCGAGUUUGACAUCUUUCUCGCAGCGCUGGAGACCAAGGAAGAGGGCACCGUGGGAUAUGAUCACGGUGGGUAUCGGUAUAAAGAUGACGAUUGGGACGAUGACGAUGAAGGGUGGCACGAGCUGGAAGACGUUCAUGAGGCGUCUCAGCGUGUGAAGCAGCUUGUUGGAGUUCACGGGCGUCCUGUUAUGCGUGACAUAGAGUUCAAUCAGGACCACGCCCUUGACAAUGGUGAUUUCUGGGAUGACGCCGAUCAAGAAGAAGAAUACCAAGGGUUCAUGGGAAACUCGGGACCUACCGCUACCCACUGGUACCGCGUCACGGCCGUGAUGAUCGUGCCUCGUGCAAACGUAGCGUCAUUCCUCAAACGCAACCUUGAGAAAGACGAUAGGAGAUCGGCCUACCCCUCCUAUUACCUCGAAAAGGAACGCACAGGAAAUUCUCGGCUUGUUGUGUCGUAUUUGACGCACACAGCUUCGAAGCCGGGGAAGGGCCAGGCGUCGGCUCUCAAUGCUCUGCAAGAUAUUUGGACCACAUCGAUAUGUCAAACCGGAUCAAAAGUUGCGUUGACGAGCACAGAGAUCAGCGAUCUGCUUGAGGCUGCCGUCCACUUGCGGGAAUGGGAAUUCUUCGAAAAGAUUGCUGCCGACCCUCAUGGGCUGAUCAAUUCCUAUAUCUUCGAGUGGUUGAGCAAGCAGGUCGGUGAUGGCAAGGUCUCCUUCCAAAAACAUCAAAAAGGGUUCUCCUUGCGAGCGCACAUGGUCGAGUCUUUUGCGCCGAACGGGUCUCCCGUCCUGACCGAUGAGGUUCGCGAGUGGGCGCUGGACAUCUUUUCCAAGGGAUUGGCAAUCUCCUCUGCUUCUGGCAGUUUUGUCGGUUCUGAUGGGUUGGCUGCGAUUCUGGCUGCCAGGCGGUAUGCCGACUUUGCCUGGCUCAAUUCAACCGUCGUCCCUAUCAUCGAGAACCACCUCAAUAUCCCCGCGUUUGCUCUUGACUUCCUGUCAGCCCUCUUCAUGAUCACCAAGAAGAAGAUCUUCCCAGUACAAGAAGGCGUGCAGCUCUACAAGCGCCUCGCCAAAAAGUUCAUCUCUCAGCUCGACUUCAACACCGUCUACGGCGACAGACCGGAGGAGAAGAAUAUGCCGCGCAAGCGACGCAAAGACAUUUCCGGGCAGCUCGGUCCCGGGGCCGACUACAACUACGAACUCGCCGUCCAUCCCGACACGCUCGCCGAUCUCUUCUCCCACCUCAUCAAGCUGAGCACGCCACCGCAGGAAGACCUCGUGGUGCCCCUCGCAAUCAAGCUUGUAGGCCACGCGAAGCACAUGAAGUGGAACGACUUCCAACCCCUCUGGCUGCCAUUCCUCAGGGAGCUCAUUGAGCGGCUCGAGUCCCAUAAGGUUCCCCUGACGACUCCCCGCUACCGUCAAAUUGCCGGCGCUAUCCUUGAGGCUUACCGUGACACCUACCUCGGCGAGAAGCCCUCGACCCAAGCCCGCGAUGACAACGCCAGGGUCUCCCCAUGCUAUUGCGGAGACUGCGACAUACUGAAUGAGUUUCUGCGAAACGGCAACCAGCAGCAGUGCCGGUUUUCCGUCAGCAAGCCAAAACGCCAUCAUCUGCAUAAACAGAUCGAGAACUACGGCAUCAGAUGCUCGCACGUCAGCGAUAGGAGCGGUCCGCAGGAUACGCUCGUGGUAACCAAGCUGGAUCCGGCCCCGGGCGCCAAGUGGAAGGCGGCACGGGAGGACACGGCAGAGCAGUUCCAGCAGUUCGACCAGACGAAGCUGGGGAUCCUGCUGGGCGAGGACUACCCGCAUAUCGCGGAGGCCUUGUGGGAGCGGCCCACGAAUCUUGCGCCUGGCUCCGGCGGUAUGUCUUAUAUGCCGGCACCGGUUCAGACUCAUCCUCAGGCUCCUGUUCAGGCGUCAUAUGCCCCGGCUCAAGCUCCGCUGCAAUCGACAUAUGCUCCUCCAGUUCAAGCACCUACAUACCCGCCCGCUCAACCUCAAAUGUCAACUCGGCCCCCGGGAGGUCUGGCACCGCACCCGGGACAGGGCAUGUACAUCCGCGAACCGGACAACCAGCCCUUCCCUACCGCGCCGCCCGCCCGGUUUGGCGUACACCCUCCCAACAACUGGGUCCGGCCACCGACGGUCCACAUGCCUCACGGCGUGCCAGACCCAAGACCUGCUGGCGGAGGAUACCUAUCUUCGAUGCCAACAGUGCGGAACCAGGUGGGCUCCGGCGGGCAGGCCCCGACGUUCGGGUCGUCAGCCAGUGCCGCGCCGCAGGUGCAACUAAACCAUAGACCGCACGGCGGGCCUCUGGCGCCGAUGACGGGCAACGCGGGCGGCCCCCCACCGCCGGGACAACACCUCCCCGGCAUCAACAACAUAGGCCUGCCACCGUCGGUCGCCGGAGCGAAACGCAAGGCGGAGCCCGAAAUCAUUGACCUGACAUGA